GUGUUUGGUGUGGUGCAGUGUGUGAGGAGCCAGCCAGACGUCAGCCUACGGAGCGAGCGAUCUUCCACAAUGCGCGUCUUCCUUCUUCUUCUGUGCCUUCUACGGGAGACACAAGCCAUGGACAACAAGGUGGAUGACGUUACGGAGCCCUCCUGUGCCGGCCCCACGCCCUUCUACCUCAGGAAACCACACACUUACUUAUACCACCUCGAGCCUAACGAUGAUUUGGACACUAUUCUGGGCCUGAAAUUCCCGCUUCCUGAUGACCACUUCUUCAGAGACAGGUGGACCGGGGAGGUGGAGGAGGGGGAGAAGAGGAUCAGAUGGGUGGAGAAUGAAUCGCUUUCAGAAGUGGACACCUUUCACAGAUCGACAGGAGGUCUCAACUGGAAACACACGCCAGGAGAUGUACCGCCGAUCUCAGAGAGUGUUCAAAUGAAGGGGCUGUUGAGCGGAAUGGAGAUGCUGAAACAGACGAAGGAGUUAGAGAAGAUGUUGAAGAAAUCAGGCAUCGUGCUGGAGGAAGAAUCGUCAAAGCAACACCAGGAGAACUUCACCUACACCAAACCACAGGCCUUGCAAGCAGCUGACCAGGGCUACGUGGUGGAGGCUGCCCUGGACACUAUUGCUGACGGCCUGGACAGUGACCAAGUAAUAGACAUGCAGCUGAUUAAAGAAAACCAAAUCUGCACCGUGUUUGAGCAGACCCCGAUAGAGUUACCGUGUGAACCCAACAUGCCGUAUCGAAGGUUUGACGGCUCCUGUAACAACCUGAGGGAACCACGUUGGGGAAUGUCCUUCAUCCCUUUCAGAAGAAUGUUCCUGCCAGAUUAUGCUGAUGGUGUGUCUGAGCCCCGCCGAGCCAAGAGUGGUGAUGAGCUACCCAAUGCACGCAAACUAAGCCUCGCACUGAAGGAGUUCCCUAGACACUUCAGCAACUGUUUCAGCAUAUUCCAGAUGUCUUUUGGCCAAUUUAUCGACCAUGAUUUGACAGCCACGCCCACAGCUAAAGACCAGGAUGGAAGCGCCCUAACAUGCUGCAAUGAGAAAGUGCUGCAAGACCCAAGUUUAGUUCACCCGCAGUGCUUCCCGAUCAGCGUAGAUGUGAACGAUCCUUUCUACUCUGCGUAUGGCAUCACUUGUCUAGAGUUUGUCCGAUCCCUGCCCGCCAGCCGAUGUUUCUUUGCACCGAGAGAGCAGAUGAACCAACUCACAGCCUACAUAGACGGUUCUGCUGUGUAUGGGAGCACGAAGGAACAGGUUGACUCUUUGCGGGAGUUUAAAGGCGGGAAAUUGAAAACAGUGAUCACCAAGGAAGGCCACGAGCUGCUACCGAAAGCUGAAGGGCACGAGGAGGGAUGCAGUAGUGAAGAAGACAGAGAGAAAGGACUAUUCUGCUUUAGGUCUGGCGACGACAGAGUAAACGAACAUAUCCUUCUGACCUUGCUGACGACACUGUUCGCCCGAGAGCACAACAGGAUAGCGAAGGAACUGUCAAGACUGUGGCCAAAUUGGAACGACGAGAGGGUGUUUCAAGAAGCCAAGAGAAUCGUAGCUGCAGAAAUCCAACAUAUUACUUACAACGAAUUUCUCUCCGGUUUGCUAGGUCCUCUGCUGGUUCAAGGCCUGGGGAUUAAACCUUUGGAGGGGAAGAAUUUUACAAGGGCUACGACAACAGAGUCAAUGCCGGAGUAGCGAAUUCGUUUGCAGCAGCGGCCUUGAGACUCGGACAUAGCAUGAUUCCGGAACACUCAUUCAGCAAGAACAGUUCAGGUCAUUAUCACGCUAUUGAAUUCAACAAAGUCGUCUUUCACCCCGCCGAAAUGCACAACAAGGAAGGCGUGGCUGAAUUGCUGCAUGGAGCCUUCUCUCAGAGCAUUGGCCAAGUGGACCCCGCUUUCUCCGACCAGAUCACUGGGAGAUUAUUUAAGAUGGAGAAGGCCACUGGAUUGGACCUAGUGGCUUUUAACAUACAGAGAGGAAGGGACCACGGCUUAGCUAGUUAUACUGUGGCUAGAAGAGAGUGUGGCUUCCCUGCUAUUAAGAACUUCGACGACCUGAGGACAAUACUUGAUUCUGCUGUGGUUAGCAUGUUGAGAAAGCUGUACAAGCACGUGGAUGAUAUUGACCUGUUCGUGGGCGGGAUGGCAGAGAAGGCGCUCCCGGGGGGUCUGAUUGGGCCUACUUUCGCUUGCAUUCUCUCUGACCAGUUCAUCAGGGCUAAGAAAGGCGACAGAUUUUGGUACGAGAAUGAAGGAGAGGCUGGGAGCUUCACUAAAGCUCAACUAAAGACACUGCACGAGGUUUCCCUGGCAAGAGUGAUGUGCGAUAACUUCCCUGAGGUUGAGAGACUGCAGAGAUGGCCCCUGCAGCUGGCCGGGGUGCAGAACCCUAUCGUCUCCUGUGACUCCCUGUGCAUUCCUCAUCUGGACCUCACUGCCUGGAAACCCUAAGCGCUGUUACAUGAACAAAUGCCUAACGGUCCAAUAUAUCUGUCUAUAAAGAGUCUAAUGGUCUAGAAAAUUGUAACUAAAAUGUCUCUCGGACUAACAAGGAUAUCUAAACGUCUGGUAAAUCUGUUUAACUAGUGUCUAACGAAAUACCAAGUGCAUCUAAUGGUCUACUAAAUCCAACUAUGAAACAAGUGUCUAAGGUCAUAAUGAGUCUGUAAUUUCAUCUAUCUCAGUCUUUUUUAUUUACUUGGUGUGAUUCUUCCACUAUCAAUGAGACAGAUAUGGAAUAAAAUAAUAAAUAAAAA